AUAGUAUAUUAGCUCCCACUCAUCUUCGGCGUCAACAUUUUUUCGCAAAGCAAAGCUCUUUCCGACAGUCAGCUCCGACGCGAUGAAUGCCCCUGACCGUUACGAGCGAUUCGUCGUUCCCGAAGGCGUCAAAAAGGUUUCAUACGAGAGGGACACUAAAACUCUGAAUGCGGCGUCCUUCACCAUCGAGAGGGAGGACCACACCAUCGGCAACAUCCUUCGCAUGCAAUUGCAUAGAGACCCAUCUGUGCUUUUCGCUGGAUACAAGCUGCCACACCCUCUCCAGUACAAAAUCAUUGUGAGGAUUCAGACAACUGCUCAAUCCUCACCGAUGCAAGCUUAUAAUCAGGCUGUUAAUGAUUUGGAUAAAGAACUUGAUCAUCUGAAGGAACAAUUUGAGGCUGAGGUGGCGAAGCUCGCUGGGUACUAAACUGUUGUCGAAGAAAGCAGGGAGAGUGCAACAAAUGCUGUGGAUAUGGUUUAAUCGUAGUUUUAGGGAACUGAAAUGCACAUGAGCGCUUGUUUGACAUUAUGGUGCUAGCUUUUUGUGUAUUUAAGGAGAUAUGAACUCCUUUUGAGGUUGAUUUUCUGGGAACUGAAUCGUCUGAUAGUGUUAAAUUGGCUAAUGGGAGUAACUGCCGAAUGGAUCUAAUAUACUGUUGUUGCAAGGGCUGUCAGUUCAUGCCUUAAAAGUUCCAUUAGGGAAAUUAAAAUAAGAUGCUAAUUAACAAAGAUCUAUGCACGUUUGGUAAAGCUUAAAGCUUUUGUAAAUGUUCUGGGACCAUUGUGAUCGAUAUCGUCCAAACACUCAUCCUAAUUCCUAGCAACGUCUUAAUGCAAUUUUGCUAAUAGCACAUUUUGGUGUAACUAGAGUGAUUAAACGUGCUUCGCUUAUUUUUC